GUCUCGCCGCCGCGGCUCCUGCCAGGUCGCCCCUCGAGCGGUCGGUCUCGCAUGCCGAGGUCACCGACCGGCUCCACGACCCGCUGGGCUCGCCGCGCCAGCGCCGCGAGGCCAGGGCCAGGUCCCCCGAGAAGAAGGUGCAGGUCACCUGCAUGCCUCCUGCGUGCGCCGACCGGCUCUACGGGGAGGCGCUGCAGCGCCGCGAGCGGCGCGAGCAGCAGGCUAAGCAUGCGGAGCGGCUGGAGGAGGAGAAGCUGGAGCGGCACAGAGUCGGGCAGCGCGUGGGCAUGAACAGGGGCUUCACGAAGGCGCUGGAGCUCAGAGGUCGCCCGAAGGGGGGCUUCGGGGUGCCGCCGGCGAAGCCGAAGGCCGCCGACGACCCGCAGUCUCCGGACCCUCGACAGCGCCGGCGCGCCCCGCAUCGCCGGGACGUGGAGGCACAGCGACGGAAGGGCGAUCUCCAUCAGGCAGGACGGCGAGACGCUGCACGUCGAAGACGAGCAGACUGGACGGGAACCCGUGGAGGUGCCCGCGGCCGCCUUCUCCGCCGGCGACGGCCCCUGCAGCUUCGGCGGGCAGACGGGCGCCCGCGUCGGCGACGAGAUCGCGUGGCCGGACGGCACGCGCUGGACCAGGGAGCCUGGCGAGGCCGCGCCUCCUCCGAAGGAGGAGGCCUUGCACGACAAGCUCUACCAGGAUGGCGAGCUCAAGCGGCAGAAGCUGAAGGCAUCGGCCGUCCGACCGCAAGAGCACUCUUCGGCAAGAGCAGGAAGGAGGGCCCAGACCUGAAGUUUGUGGAGAAUCUGCACAACAGGCAUCGGGACAUCAAGCAGAAGAAGGAGCAGGCCCAGAAGGACCCUCUUGAGAAAAGGAGAAGACCGACGCGCUCAAGCUCGAGGAGGAUGCAAAGGCCCUGGAGCCAGCGGAAGGGGGGCGCGGGCGGCGGGCCCACGAAGGCCCCGAGGAGGCAGUGCGUGGCCGUGCUCUUCGACGUGCCAGGCUUCACCGGAGACGCGCUCACGGACCCGCAGCGGGGCGCGGCCGUCGAGGAGUUCAAGGCUGCGGUGGCACAAGCGCUGGCCUCGAGCACCUGCCGCGCGCUGGAGCGCGUGGAGGUGGACCUCUCCAGUGGGGCCGCCCCUGGCGGGGACAGCGGCCGCUCGCCGGGCGACUGCACGGUGCAGGCCCGGCUGCUGCUGCCCAUGGGCUCCAGGGACGCGGAGGCCGUGGCGUCGGACGUGCGAGGCGAGGAGCGCCUGCCCAGCCUGGUCUCGGAGCUCCUCGGCAGGGCGCUGGGCACGGCGGAGGCGCCGCGCGUCGCCGCCGCCAGCGUGCGGGUCCGGGCGGUCGAGACGCGCAGGGGGCCUUCGCCAGAGGCGGUGACCCACGCCGGCGUGGUGGGCCGCGUGAGCCUCUUCUCGCCGUGCCAGGAGACUCGGUCCGCGUACGGCCGCCGCGACGUGGAGGACAGUCCGUGGGCCGCCGCGCUGAAGGCCAGGGACUCCGCGGACCACGGCUCCGAGGCCGCUGGGGCGCAGAGGCCAACGGCGCAGGAUCGGACGUCCUGGUGGGGCUGGUCUUCCAGGCGGUGCAGGCCCGCUUUGGAAGCGGGGCGGCGGUCGGUGUGCAGAGGCGCCAGAAGCUCGCCGAGCCGCUGA